CCACCGGUUAAAGCAGACAUAUAUACGUACAUUUCUCAUUUUAUUGCAUAUAUUUGAAAUAAUGAGUUCUAAUUGGGAAAAUGAUUUAAUAAUACAAAGGUUAAGAGAAUAUUUAAAAAUACCGAGUGUACACCCUGACAUUGACUAUGAAGAGUGUGUUGAAUUUAUAAAGAAACAAGCAGCCGAACUGGAGCUGCCUGUUAAAGUAUAUGAAUUUGUGGCAAAGAAACCAAUAGUGGUGGUCACAUGGAAAGGAUUAGAGCCAGAGUUGCCUACGAUUAUGUUAAAUUCACAUAUGGACGUAGUUCCUGUUAAUGAGGAACAAUGGACAUAUCCUCCUUUUGAAGCUCACGUUACAGAGGAUGGAUGGUUGUAUGCUCGGGGAACACAAGAUAUGAAAGCACAGGGUAUGGCAUACUUAGAGGCUAUUCGGAACCUAAAAAAAGCAGGAACUAGAUUAAAGAGGACAGUCCAUGUUACCUUCGUACCUGAUGAAGAAAUUGGUGGCGAGUCUGGUAUGGGCGCAUUUGUCAAGACCAAAGAAUUUAAAAAACUUAACGUUGGAUUUGAAUUAGACGAGGGUGGACCCAGUCCAAAACCAAACGCCGUUCAUGCUUUUAAUGGAGAAAGAACACUUAGACAUUUGAAAAUUACUUGCAAAGGAACUCCUGGUCAUGGCGCAUUAUCUUCACAGAUGGGAACGGCUGGAGAUAAGAUAGCCAACGUGUUAAACAAGUUUGUGAAGUUUCGUGAAACAGAGGGAAGGAAGUUCAAAAGCAUUUAUAUGUUGGGUGAUCUUAUUACCAUGAAUCUUACCAAACUUGAGGGAGGGACUCAGAUAAAUGUGAUGCCAGAUCAAUUGUCUGCAUACUUCGAUAUAAGAAUUGCACCAAGUGUCGACCACGUUCAAUUUGAGAAAAUGAUUGAGUCUUGGUGCACCGAAGUAGGAGAUGGGGUGACGUGCGAAUAUCUUCAGAAAAACCCGCCUGUGCCAAAUACUAAUACAGACAAUUUGACUUUUUACAAUGCUCUAGUCAAAGCUACGAAUGAUAUGGGCAUCGAGUUGCAGUGUAUAGUGUGUCCAGGUACAACAGAUGCACGUUUUGUUCGGAGUCAGAACAUCCCAGCUAUCAGUUUGACUCCUUUUACCGAUACGCCUACGCUACUUCACGCUAAUGAUGAAAGAAUACACGUGGAUGUAUACAAGAGAGGCAUCGAAUUGACGGAAAAGAUAUUAAUAGCCGUUGCUAAUGUUUAGAAGGCUAAAACCACAGUAUAAUAAGACCAAGCAGGGCAACUGCCGCCUGUUCGGCGUAUCAAAGCCUACACUUUGCUCGGAGUCUAGGGUUGUCAUAUUAUUUUAUUUUAAUUAUUUUAGUUGAACCUACAGGUUGUACCCAUAGUUUGAUAAUAAAGUUUCAACAAAAUAUUUGUAUGACUUCACCAAUUAUGCAUUCUCAAGGUCACGUAGUGGGCGGCGUUUGUC